AUGUUUACGAAUUACCACCUCGAUGAUUUAUUUUAUUAUAAGCUUGCUAAAGAAACGCACCCUGACCUCGUUUCUUCUGCGGAUACUGAUACUGCUGAUUCGAAACGUUUCAUCCAAAUUCUCGCUGCUUAUGAGAUUCUGUCGGAGCCCACUAAAAGAGCCCUUUAUGAUCAGUAUUUGCAAACCGCGAGACACAUUGAACAAAAACAUUCAAGAGAAGGUUCUAAUUAUCAAAUGUACAACUCGUAUGUGAAAACAACCAAGCAAAUGGAGGUUGUCGAGUGGUUGAAGUGGUAUAGACAUGCUGGGAAAGAUAUAUUAUCAGAGAGGAGUUUGCCGGCUGGUUCAGGUUAUUUUGAUGUGCUUCAAAGAGAAUUUUAUUCAGCUAUGCAUUCAGCGUAUUUUGGUCCUGAAAUCCUAUCUCUGGACCUUCUUCCUGAUCGAUUUGAAGCCGAGGAGAGGUCUGUAUAUGAAACACCUGAGGUGUUACACUUGGUUUCAGGGCGUUAUCUCUUUGGAUUUGUCCGCAUUGUUGAUGAUGUUCCUGAAUUGUCUGAUGUUUCUUAUAAAAAACUGACUACUGCACUUGAGGAUUUAGAAUUGUGUCAGCCUGUGGACAAUGUCGGCUGUCAAACAGAUUUUGCCAACAAUAAAGCGUCUGCUGAAUUGCCUCAAAACAAUAUGAACGAUAUCCAAAAUCAAGCUUUAGAUGCAUACAAAGACUUGGAGUUGCAUGUGUGUGGGAGGUUAGUUGCUAUGGCAACUAGAAUCCCUCCAAAAGAAUCUUCUGGUGCAAGCGAUUUUCCUGACAAGGUCGAUGAGGAUAGUUCACAAGAUAUGAUACAUAUUUUUCUUAAUUCGCAAGAGGAUCCAGUGCAUUUCAACCGUUGUCAUUCGAAUAAAAGAACCUUGCAUGGUUCAGUUUCAAAGGUCGUCUUGGGCACAAUAUCUGGGCUUGGAACUAAUCCUGAUGAGAGCUCCUGUUACGUAUACAAUAGUAAUGGUUCAAAGAGUCAUGUGAUUCUCAAGCAUAGAACACCACUGGUGAAACACAUGCACUGGUUUCAGUUGGGAGAUGAAGUUUCUAUUUGUGAAUGUAGAUGCACCAGGGCAAGAUUGCCAUCAAGCAAGUUUUGGUUGUUUGAGCCACGCUGUAGCACGCAUGAUAUUGGUGGAUGGUAUGUGGAAACGUAUGGGCGGGAUAGGAAAAGAAAAACUGUUCCAUCACAAAGAUAUUGGGAUGGCUUUGAAUCUCACCAAGAAUGUGAAGAGAGACUCCACCCGGCAGUAUAUUUGCUUGCUCUAGCAUAUAGGACUCUCGAUACAGAAAAUGCAAGGCGAACAAAGCAAACUUUCUGGGAUAUUGCUCAAGGAAAAUUAUUCAAAAUGUUUAAAUGGUGCAAGAAACUUGUUUAAUGACAAAAAGCUCCUAUGCUACUUGGUUGCAGUCUUUUUUCUUUUUUUUUUUUUUUUUUUUUUUUUUUUUUUUUUUUUUU